GUUUGAUUACUGUCUACUUCACCAUGACAUCCUUCGCAACGCAAUUGACCGAUCCCAGUUUAUUCGUCGAAAGGGCCUAUAUCAACGGCCAAUGGGUGCCAUCUACAUCGACGAACGUAUUCCGCGUUGUCAAUCCCGCAACCGAGAACCCCAUCGGCACGUGCCCGGAAUCCACGCCGGAGGAUCUCAAUCUCGCGAUCCAAGCUGCGAGUGAUGCAUUCCCUGCCUGGCGGUCCCUAUCUGGUCGACAACGGGGCCGGAUCCUCCGACGAGUCUACGAUCUGCUCAUUGCGAACAAGGAAGAUCUGGGGAAGAUCAUCACGGCCGAGAACGGCAAAGCGAAGGGUGAUGCCGAAGGGGAAGUUCUCUUCGCGGCGAGUUUCUUCGAGUGGUUCGGGGAGGAAGCGGCGCGGGUAUAUGGGGAUGUGAUCCCGCAUAGUGCGGCGGGGAGUCGGGUGCGGGUGGUGAAGGAGCCGGUGGGGGUGUGUGGGAUGAUUACGCCGUGGAAUUUCCCGAUGGCGAUGGGGGCGCGGAAGAUGGCGGCGGCGUUGGCGGCGGGGUGUACGGUGGUGGUGAAGACGGAUGGGGGGACGCCGUUUGCGACGAAUGGGUUGGUGGUGAUGAUGGAGCGGGCGGGGGUGCCGGCCGGGGUGGUGAAUGUGGUGACGGCGUUGGAGAAUACGGCGGUGUUGGGACGGGGGUUGUGUGAGGAUGAGAGGGUGCGGAAGAUCUCGUUUACGGGGUCGACGAGGGUGGGGAGGUUGUUGAUGAGGCAGGGGAGUGAGACGUUGAAGAAGUUGAGUUUGGAGUUGGGGGGGAAUGCGCCGUUUAUUGUGUUUGAUGAUGCGGAGGUGGAGGUUGCGGUGGCGAGUGCGUUGGUGAGUAAGUUUAAGGUUAGUGGGCAGACGUGUGUGUGUGCGAAUCGGAUGUUUGUGCAGGAGGGGAUCUAUGAUCGGUUCUGUGAACGGUUGGUGGAGGAGGUGAAGAAGUUUCGUGUGGGUGAUGGGCUGGAGGAUGCGUCGGUCACGCAUGGGCCGUUGACGAAUGGGGUGGGUAAGGUGGAGGAGCUGGUUGGAGAUGCGGUUGGGAAGGGGGCGACGGUGCUUCUGGGUGGGAAGCGGAUGCCUUCGAUGGGGAGGAACUUCUAUGAGCUGACGAUUCUGGGUGAUGUUGAUGAUACGAUGAGAGUGACGGCGGAGGAGAUCUUUGGACCGGUUGCGGCGUUGAGCAAGUUCUCGACGGAGGAUGAGGUCGUCCGGAGAGCCAACAACUGUGAGGUCGGGUUGGCGUCCUAUAUCAUGACUACGGAUUUGGCUCGCUCGCACCGGGUGUCGGAGAGACUGGAGGCAGGCAUGGUGGCAAUCAACACGGGGGUGAUUUCAGAUGCUGCCGCACCGUUUGGAGGAGUCAAGUACUCGGGCAUGGGCCGGGAGGGCAGCAAGUAUGGUAUUGAGGACUAUAUGAACAUCAAGACGGUGGUCACUGGAGGGAUUGAUCCGGUACACACGUCUUUGUGA